UUGAGACACUCCCCAACAGCUAAACUGACGAGCGUCAACACCAGAAAAAAGGACAGGCCUAAGGGCCGGCCCAAGAAGCGUGGGCGCGAGCGUAAGCGCUGACGAGGAGUUCUCCCCCAAUCCCUCGUUCCCCUCCGCCCUACACGUUCUCGCCCACGUCGCCGCCGCCAGCUCCUCCCCCUUUCGCCGGAGCUCCUUUCUCCGGCAGUAGAGAUGGUGAAAGGCGCAGUCCGCUAUGAGCCUGGACCGGCGUUUCAGGAGAGUGGAGAGCAGGGCAAGCUUGAAAUACCAGCAUCUGGCUCCACAGAAUUUUGGCUAAUACAGUGGCCUCUAAACCAUGUAAAUGCUUCUGAUUUUAAUGGUCAAGAAGUUUCUCUUAAUAAGCAUCAUGACGAUGGAAACUUGGGAAAUUUGGAGAGUUCUUCGGGGAAAUCAUAUGAACUCGUUAGCUUUGCUGCUCAACAGCCAGAUGCUACUGUCUUCAUUCCAUCAGGAUCUGAAAUGAAAGCUGUGGGGAAGAUUUCACGCAGAGUUUGCUUGGUUCGUUACCCUGAACCUGAAGAAUUGGAGAAAGAGAAACCAAGUUUUGGGAGUCUUACACCUGGCAGUAGGAGAUCUGCAGGUUCUUCUCGGAAGACUAUGUCUCGGUUCAGUGGCUUCUCGAAGAACCGUAGCAGCCAAGGAUCAGCAUUGUCCCUGGGUCAAGAGAACCGUAGCAGCCAAGGAUCAGCAUUGUCCCAGGGUCAACAGAGCGCGGAGCCGAUGCCCAAACACAAGCAGAAGAGAAGGGACGAAAGCAGCUUGGGGCGCCACUCAAACGUGGCCGCCAAGUCCUCAGAAGGAUCCCAGGCUCGUGGCGCAGGAAGCAACACAACCUCUGAGAUGCUGCAGACGCCCGUCGAGAAAUCCAAGAAGAAGAAGAAGAGAGUUAGGAUUGAAGAGUAGUAACAACAAGUGGCAGGCAGCAGUGCCAUGAGUCACCCUACCUUGGAGAAGAGAUGCUAAUUUUCCCUGAACGAUCAGCAGUUGCUUCUCCUCUUGUAUGUGUCCAGACAGUUAUUGCUUGUUCCUCGAUCGGUAGUCCUGCGUUUGUUGGCCUUGGUGUUGCAGGUAGUUGAUCUCUGCGGCCACAAUACAAUCUUGAAAGUUAGUCGUGGUGAAUGAAAGCUGUGGAGGCAAAUUUCGUGACA